CAUCGGAGAGUUACACCGGUACUACCGUGAUGAAAACAAAAAAGCUGUGUACACCGAGUUAGAAAGUUUAAAGGGGGACUUUUGUCGUUCGGGUAUAAUGGGACUCCCCACUUUGGAGUUCAGUGACUCUUUUCUGGACAGUCCGGAUUUCAGAGAGCGACUCAAAUGCCAUGAGAUAGAGCUGGAGCGGACAAAUAAAUUCAUCAAAGAGCUGAUCAAGGAUGGGAACAUGCUCAUCACGGCGUUCAAGAAUCUCUCUGCUGCAGUCCAGAAGUUCUCCCUGUCCCUGCAGGAGUUUCAGUUUGAGUGCAUAGGUGAUGCUGAAACAGAUGACGAGGUGAAUAUUGCCCAGUCCUUCAAGGAAUUUUCCCAGCUGUUGAACACUGUUGAAGAGGAAAGGAGACGCUUGAUUCAGAAUGCAGAUGAUGUUUUGAUUACUCCCCUGGAAAAAUUUCGCAAGGAGCAAAUUGGUGCUGCCAAGGAGGGGAAGAAGAAAUUUGAUAAGGAAACAGAAAAAUACUACUCCACGCUGGAGAGACACCUCAACCUGUCAUCGAAAAAGAAAGAGUCAUAUCUCCAAGAGGCUGACACUCAAAUUGAUAAGGAGAGACAGCUCUUUUAUGACGCUUCUCUUGAGUAUGUUUUCAAAAUACAAGAGGUGCAAGAAAAGAAGAAAUUUGAGUUUGUUGAGCCGCUCCUGGCCUUCCUUCAGGGUCUGUUUACAUUCUACCACGAAGGCUACGAGCUGGCUCACGAGUUUGAGCCGUACAAACAGCAGCUCCAGUUCAACCUGCAGAACACGCGGAACAACUUUCUGAGCACCAAGCAGGAAGUGGAGAAGCUGAUGAAGAGGAUAAGGUCCGCGGAUCAGGACUAUAAACCCCCGGGCCAGUGGACGAUGGAAGGCUUCCUCUACGUCCAGGAGAAACGUCCUCUGGGGUGCACAUGGACACGACACUACUGCACAUAUGAGAAAGGCAGCAAGACCUUCACCAUGAGCAACACUGACACCAAGUCAGCGGGCAAACAGAACGGUCUAGUCAUGAGCCCGGCUGAGAUGUUCAAGCUCAAGUCCUGUAUUCGGAGGAAAACGGACUCCAUCGACAAGCGUUUCUGCUUUGAUAUCGAAGUAGUUGAGAGAAAUGACAUCUAUCGCGGAACUCUUUUCAGACCACUUCAGUUUUUCUGUAAAGUCCGGCAUGGCAUUGUGACACUGCAGGCACUGUCAGAGUCCAACAGAAGACUGUGGCUGGAGGCUAUGGAUGGCAAGGAGCCGAUUUACAACCUCCCAGCCAUACUGAGCAAGAAAGAAGAAACGUUCCUUAAUGAGGCGGGCUUUAACUUCGUAAGGAAAUGCAUUGACCUGGUGGAGAUGAGAGGCAUAAAUACAAUGGGACUCUACAGAAUUGGAGGGGUCAACUCCAAAGUGCAGAAGCUGAUGACCACUGUGUUUUCAACCAAGGCACCUGUGGAUAUGGACCUGGACCCAGACACAUGGGACAACAAGACCAUCACCAGCGGUCUUAAGAAUUACCUCAGGUGUCUCUCUGAGCCUCUAAUGACCUUCAAGCUCCACAAAGAUUUCAUCAUGGCUGUCAAGUCAGAUGAUCAAAACUACAGAGUGUGUGCUGUCCAUGCCUUAGUUCACAAGCUGCCCGAGAGGAACAAGGAAAUGCUGGAGCUCCUAAUAAAACACCUUGUCACCGUGUCCGCCCAGAGCCAGUUCAACCUGAUGACUGUGUCCAACCUGGGUGUCAUCUUCGGGCCGACGCUGAUGCGGUCCCAAGAGGAGACCGUGGCCGCAAUGAUGAACAUCAAGUUCCAAAACAUUGUGGUCGAAAUACUUGUCGAGAACUUCAAUAAGAUCUUUCACCAUCCUCCAGACCCCAAUGUGCCUCUGCCCCAACCCCAGAGUCGGCCUGGCUCUCGCAGGAACCGAGCCAUCUGUCUCUCCGCCGGGCCCAGGAAGCCCCGCAGCCUCUACACCCCGACACUGUGCCUGGCAGAUGCAGAAAGUCCCUGUAUAGGUGAUACGUUCAGCAGCAGUCGGAGCAGCACCCCUAUGGGCAGCAUGGAGUCUCUGUCCUCCCACUCCUCCGAGCAGAACAGCUCCUCCAAACCGGCUUCCUCUGCGCAGCUCAAGGACAAACCCCUCAUGGGCCAUCGCCGAACCCCGUCCCAGCUCUCCAAUGGACCCAGGAGCGCCCUGUGCGUCAGCAGCCCUGAGUCCAGCUCCAGGGAGGACGCAGGGCGCACAGACGGAGAGUCAGAGGACGCCCUCAGCCUCUCGUCGGUCAGCACCACAACCAGGCCGUCUCCUGCGCCCAGGAAAGCCCCUCACAGCCGCAUCGACCUCAGGCCGGCACAGCUCAAUCGCUCUGCUGCCCCUUCCCUGAAAUCACUGCAUGUCCCUGAAGGUCGCGGGAGCUGCUCUGGAUCUGCUCAGAGUCUGUCCACACUGGAUCCCAAGGAGAGCUUCAAGCCUGCUGAACAACCCAAUCUCCCACCCAAGCAAGUGAUGCGCCGCAAGACGGAAAGCACAUUCAGCAACGGCUACCAAAGACCUGGCUCAGUGGUUGCCGCAAGAGCGCUGCUUUUUGAAAACGCCUCCUCAGUACAGUCUGCUCCCAGCGGAAGAGACGCCAAGGCGAUGUAUUCCUGCGAGGCUGAGCACAGCCAUGAGCUCAGCUUCCCCCAGGGGGCGCACCUCUCAAACGUCUACCCUUCUGUUGAACCAGGCUGGCUUCAAGCAACAUACGAAGGAAAAACAGGUUUAAUUCCAGAAAAUUAUGUAAUCUUCUUAUAACAAGCUGGUAAAAAUUACCACUUUUUUCAUGGUAUCCAUGGAAAAUAUAAUAUGUGAUGCGGCUGAAUAUGAACAAUUGAAUGUUAUACAAUUAUUAUUGUAGUGUUAUGGUCAGUAACAUGUGACACUUCUGCAUCUUGUGCAUUUUAAGUCUAAAUCAAGCAGUGCAGUGACUUGUGCUAAUGCUUCAAGUAUGCUGUUAUCAAACUCUUAAGUCCAUAACUCCCUUUUUUGUAAUGACUUCAACUGUGAAAAAUUUGUGGAAUUUGCAUAAAGUGGUAGGUUUUGCUUUGGUAGUGCCUACCAUAGCCCAUUCCCAGGUAUCAAUGGAUCAAUAUUUGCCAGAUGUAGAUAUAUUUUCUCUCAGCUGCACUGAUGUUUUCACUCCCAGUAUUAUCCUAACAGGAGAAUCACACAACAAUCAUAUUUCAUUUCACAAGUUUUAUUCUCAGAAAUAUUUUAUUCUCUAACCUCUUAUUAUAUUGAUAUCACACAUUCAUCAAGUUCUUAAUGAAAAUCUGCACAGUUUGAUGAACAGUUUUUCUUCUAUUAAUUGUAAUUUAAUAAAAUAUGAUUUAAAAUAAGGAUACAGAAUCUUCAUAGAAAAGCAAGAUGAAUUCACACCUCAGCCUUUUCUUUUG